GUCAUUCGACCCCAAAUGGGGUCCCGACCCACAAGUUGAGAACCACUGUUUUAAUGGCUGAGAUUCACAAACAUUGCCCGCCGAAUCCACCUGGUCUUCUCAAUCUUUCUCUGGGGUUUUCAUUUAACCUUUGAUGCUUAGUGGACAGGAGGUUGCACAUUCCCACGAACCUUGUAGAUGUCUCUUUUCCUUCUUCUCCUCCUGCAGAUACCCCCAGGUUUUUAAUAGCUCCCAGUGAUCAGACCGUGACUGAGGGUCAAAAUGUGGAUUUGCCCUGCUCUGCAGAUGGACAUCCUCGCCCGAUCAUAUCUUGGACAAAAGAAGGUGGUCCAUUACCAAACAGUUGGAGAUACAGUGUCCUCUCCACGGGAACCCUGCAGAUGGUUCAAGUGUCCCUUCAUGAUCAAGGCCACUACGAGUGCCAUGCCAUCAAUGCAGUUGGAGCCCAGAGAUUUUCCGUGAGCCUCAAGGUCACCCCACGUGAUACCAUUGCAGAAGUCGGGCAAGACAUUGAGAUCCCUUGUACCGCUCACGGGGAUCCACAGCCAACGAUAACGUGGGCGAAGGACAGGAUUCAGAUCACAGAGAGUGGCAAGUUCCACAUCAGCCAGGAAGGCACUUUAUCCAUCCGAGAUUUGGGACUGGCAGACCAAGGAAGAUACGAAUGUACAGCCAGGAGUAGCUCUGGGUUUAUAACCAGUGCCAUGCAGCUAACCAUCAUCG